AUGAUGCAUAUCGAUGGGGUCCCGAGUGGCAUGGACGAAUUCGUUGAUUCCGUCUUUCUGUGGCUACGAUGUGCAUUGAGUAUUGUAUUUGUGUGCAACUUACUCGAAGCACUGAUCACCUACUUCUUGUGCGUUCAUCGACGACAAACGGUACCCACGACUGGCACCGCUUCUAUACCCGCGACGGAAGUGGGCAAGGCACUUGCACGGCGUGUUUCGCAGGCCUCGAUUCGUGGCAUUGAUUCGUCUGAGCCGGAGAAAGCGGCGUUGUCCGCCGCCCGUGCGAGUGUCACACCGACACCGUCGACAACAUCGGCAUCAACCUUUCAGAUGAGCCCUGUAACGCCUGUUCCAGGGGCAAGUGUACUCCGUCGCUCCGUAUCUCCCGUUGCCCGAUCCAGUCCAGAUGCCGUAAGGACAUCGUCGCCCUUCCGUAUGAGUACCAUGGGGUUGGGGCGGCCAACGUCGACGCCGUUCCUGAACCGCUCCGUCACACCAUCUCGCCCACGACUUCCCAGCAGUCCAUAUACUCCACGGACGGCUGGACGGCCGUCACUCUCGCCCAAUGCUAGUAUAACACGCCAUUGGUCUCCCACUUCAGUCCGAUCAGAGCACGACGAUGCACGAGAGGUUGAACGUGCCCUACAAGGACUAGACAGGGUGCCGUAA